UUCGCUUUCUCGCCUGCUUCCUUUGGCUUCCGUAGACCCAUUGUUUAUUACUAGCCAUUUUUCUCACUUUCUCUUUGUCUUGCUCACUUUGUUGUUUUCUGCUGCUGAAUUGUUCAAUCCUGAUAGGUUUCUUUUCCGUGGACCUUUUCCUUCUCCUUCUUCUUCCCCCUCCUCUUGCUUAGUUUGGUUUGCUCGCUCAUCUUCCGAGUUCCACUCACUCGCUUUGUGAUCCAAACUCCAAACCCAACAAGAUUCGAUUCAGAGAGUUCUAUGUUGAAUAGAUGCAAUCUUAAUUGUUCAAUCAUGAUUUGAGUUUGCUCAGCUCUACUUCACUUUCCCAGUUGUUAGUUCAUCCAAGUUUUUGAUCAUCGAUCUAUAUAUAGUAAAACUUACACGGGUUUGACUCCAGUAUAUAUAUAGACAGAGAGAGAGAGAGAGAUAGAUCUUAUUCAUUUUGAUAGUGCGGGAGCUUAGAUCUUAUUGGUAUUAAGCAAGUGUACGUUGUUUGGGAGGAGGAACCAAGUGUUGGUUGAUAUGGGGAAUACUUGUGUUGGACCCAGCAUUUCCAAGAAUGGCUUCUUCCAAUCAGUUUCGGCUGCAAUGUGGCGAACCCCUUUGCCUGAUGACUCUCUUCAUACUAGUGGAGGAGAAACUGUCAAUGAGCAGCAGCCCAGGGAACCCGAGUCGCCUCUUCCGGUAGUACAAGACAAGCCCCCGCAACAAGUGAUGACCAUACCAAAACCUGAAACUGAGCCGAAACAACCCUCCAAACCCAGGAAGCCGCCGCAGAUGAAGAGGGUCCCUAGUGCAGGGCUUCGUGCUGGUUCAGUGUUGCAAACAAAGACGGGAAAAAUAAAGGAGUUUUAUAGUUUUGGGAGGAAAUUGGGACAGGGGCAGUUUGGAGUAACAACUCUGUGCGUGGAGAAGGCCACCGGGAAAGAGUACGCGUGCAAGUCGAUUGCAAAAAGGAAGUUGAUAACUGACGAUGAUGUGGAGGAUGUGAGGAGGGAGAUUCAGAUAAUGCAUCAUCUGGCAGGCCACCCUAAUGUUAUAUCUAUAAAGGGUGCUUAUGAGGAUGCUGUAGCAGUUCAUGUUGUUAUGGAAUUAUGUGCAGGAGGUGAGCUCUUUGAUAGGAUUAUCCAGCGUGGCCAUUAUACAGAAAGAAAGGCAGCUGACCUCACUAGGACUAUAGUCGGAGUUGUAGAAGCUUGCCAUUCAUUAGGAGUUAUGCAUCGAGACCUUAAGCCCGAGAAUUUUCUUUUUGUCAGUCAGGAGGAGGAUGCGCUUCUUAAAACUAUUGAUUUUGGAUUAUCUAUUUUCUUGAAGCCAGGAGAAAAGUUUACUGAUGUGGUUGGGAGCCCAUAUUAUGUCGCUCCAGAAGUCUUACGAAAGCGUUAUGGUCCAGAAGCAGAUGUUUGGAGCGCUGGAGUGAUUCUUUAUAUUUUAUUAAGUGGGGUACCUCCAUUUUGGGCUGAAACGGAGCAAGGAAUAUUUGAUCAGGUCUUGCAUGGUGAGCUAGACUUUUCAUCAGAUCCCUGGCCUAGUAUCUCUGACGGUGCCAAAGAUUUAGUAAGGAGAAUGCUUGUCCGAGACCCUAGAAAGCGGCUGACUGCACACGAAGUUUUGUGCCACCCCUGGGUGCAAGUUGAUGGUGUGGCUCCUGAUAAGGCUCUUGAUUCUGCAGUUCUAAGUCGCUUAAAGCAAUUUUCAGCUAUGAACAAGCUGAAGAAAAUGGCUCUUAGGGUUAUUGCUGAGAGCUUAUCUGAAGAAGAAAUAGCUGGCCUGAAAGAAAUGUUCAAGAUGAUAGACACUGACAGCAGUGGCCAAAUCACUUUUGAAGAACUUAAGGCUGGACUGAAAAAAUUUGGAGCUACUCUGAAGGAGUCAGAAAUUUAUGAUCUGAUGCAAGCAGCAGAUGUAGAUAAUAGCGGAACCAUUGAUUAUGGGGAAUUUGUUGCUGCAACAUUGCAUUUAAACAAAAUUGAGAGAGAAGAUCAUCUGUUUGCAGCUUUCUCCUACUUUGAUAAGGAUGGAAGUGGCUACAUUACUCAAGAUGAGCUUCAACUAGCUUGUGAGGAGUUUGGCGUAGAGGAUGUUCGCCUCGAAGAAAUGAUAAGAGAAGUCGAUCAGGAUAAUGAUGGACGCAUAGAUUACAACGAGUUUGUGGCUAUGAUGCAAAAAGGAAAUUUUGUUGGCCCGGCCAAGAAGGGCCUGCAAAGUAGCUUCAGUAUUAACUUCAGAUAAGCAUGGAAUUGAGUUUGAUAUAUAGCAAAGUGUUUUCAGCUUACUUUCUCAUUGUUUUGAGUCUUUAAGAUUGCAUAGAAAGGUACUUAACUACUCAUCCAAGUUGCAGCCAAGCAUUUCCAGUCAUGAUCUCUGAAUUUUAUUGAAUUCCAUAGUGAAAGGAUUUUGCAGCGGAAACAAAAGCCCUUUCUGUGUUGUAUACAGUGAGAAGGAAAGUUUUGAUGUACUAUUCUAUUGUAUUACUUUUAUUUUAUAUCAAUGAUCAGUAUAUCCAUACCUUAAACACAGCUGCUCAAAGUAGGUGCAAGGGUUAUGGUUUGUA